UCGGGAAUGUUGUUGUUGUAACUUGUGAACGUUAUGAUGAAUUAAAUAAGCUUGUCUGAGUUGUGUUAGGGUUGUAGCUCACGACGGAGAGGGAGCAAAAUGCCGAGAUGGAGGGAAUUGAAUACAGCACCGAGCCAUUUGAGAGCUUAUAUGAAGUGUACGAGGAGAUAGGAAGUGGACAAUUUGCAGUAGUUAGACGAUGCAUAGAGAAGGAAACACGCACGGAAUAUGCAGCAAAAUAUAUUAGAAAACGUCGAGUGGCAAACUCAAGACGAGGUCUACCACUUGAGUCCAUUGCACGGGAAGUGAGGGUAUUGCAGAAGCUGCACAACCACCAGAAUAUUAUUUCCUUGUAUCGUGUUUUUGACAAUGGGCAACAUGUCAUACUGGUUCUGGAACUGGUGCGGGGUGGAGAGCUGUUUGAACACAUCAGUGAGAGGGAGAGACUGUCAGAGGAAGAGGCUGCUGCAUUUAUGCGGCAGAUCCUCCAAGGGGUGACACAUAUGCAUUCAAACAACAUUGCUCAUCUAGAUUUAAAGCCAGAAAACGUUUUGCUGCUAAGUAAGAACCGACAACACAUUAAAUUGAUUGACUUUGGCCUGUCAAGAAUGAUUACAGAAGCUGAGGAAGUUCGAGAUCUUAUGGGUACCGCUGAGUUCAUGGCCCCAGAGAUUGUCAACUAUGAGCCGCUGUGCCUUGCCACAGACAUGUGGGCCAUUGGGGUGAUAACAUAUAUCUUGUUGUCAGGGGCUUCUCCUUUUCUUGGUGAUUCACAGCAGGAAACUUACAACAACAUUACUGCAGUAGAAUUUGCAUUUGAUGAUGAAGACUUUUCUGGGACAUCUGACCUUGCAAAGGACUUUAUUAGCCAAUUAUUGAUAAAAGAUCCAAGACAUCGAAUGUCAGCUGAGAAAAGCCUUGCCCACCCCUGGAUGGCACCUCAGUCGAAGGAACAAGAGAUUGAGCGACGUGAUGCACAAACAAACAUGGAUAACUUUAAGUCAUACCAGGCUAGACGCAGGUGGAAGCAUUCCCUAAAAGUGGUGACUCUCUGCAAUCGCCUUUCAAGAAGUGCCAAGCUUCGGAGUCAGAGUGCUGAACUUCUAGAUGCCAAAUCAAGUGCCAUAACAUUGCAGGAGGACCAG